UUCAGGCACCUAAAUAAUUGCCUCUAGAGUUUGCCCAGUUGGGAAGCUCACAUCUAAAAGCCCCUCACUUUCUCACUCUUCCCAUAUUCUUUUUCUACACUCUACCUUUCUCUCUCCUCAGCUGUCUAAUAUUUCUCUAGAUCACCCAUCAUUUGAUGCUCAUUCUUCAUCUGUAGCUUUUUGCAGUCAUGGCCUUCAUCCUCUUACUCAUCGCCAUGGCUUCUUUCUCUGUUGCUGAAGCAGUAUGGUGUGUGUCUAAGCCUGGUGUAUCAGAUCAAGCCCUGCAAAAAUCACUGGACUAUGCAUGUGGUGCUGGAGCUGAUUGCACUCCUAUUCUUCAAAAUGGCCCUUGCUAUCAACCCAACUCUGUGGGUUCCCAUGCCUCUUAUGCUAUGAAUAGUUAUUUCCAAAGGAAAAAUGAGGCAGGAGGCUCUUGUGACUUCAGUGGAACUGCCACUACUACCUCUAAUGAUCCCAGCUUUGGUUCAUGCACCUUUCCUGCAACACCCAGUGCUGCAGGGGGGACCACAAGUACAACAACACCAGGAACAAGCACCACUCCAUCAACCACCACAACCCCAUCAACCACCACCACCACAUCACCCAAUUCUUUUACCCCCACAACUGGAGUAAUUGGAGGUAUUGGAGGUGGGGUGAACACAGGCCCAGGCCCGUCAAUUAAUGACAUGAACUCUGUUAGCCCAAGGGCAAAGUUGGAAUUUUCCAUGGCAGGAUUGUGGGCCCCAGCACUAGUGUACUGGGCCAUGGCAAGAGGCUGAGUUAAGAGGUCUUGUUUACUUUUUGGGGUGGUGGACCCCACCAUUAUUGCUCACUGGAGAGAGAGAGAUGCCAUGACCACAUGAAUGGUGCUUUGAAAAACACUCCAAAAAGAGACAUUCCUUAGAGGAAUGCAUGUUCUUUUUCUUUCUUUCUUUUUCAUUUCUUUUCAUUUGGGUCCUUUUGUAAGAGGAGUUCUUGAUUCCUGUGGGUGCUGGCUUGGCAGCAUGUGUAUGGUGGUUGCAAGAAUCUAAUCUCUCUCUGCUGUUUAUCUUUCUUUUUGGGGGGUUUUGUUUAAUGUAAUGAUGUUGUAUGGUUAGCAAAGUGGGCUGGGAGAUCAGGCAUUAAUAUUAGUAUUUAAUGAGAAUUUAGUACUUCUUCUGAGAUAAAUUUAUUUUCGCCUUUUU